GAAAUCUGUUAGAACAUGUUUUGUCUGUUUUGCUGUUUUGUAGUACAAUGUGUUUUCUGGUCAGACACAUUCAAGCUCUAAUAAAUAGUAAAUAAAAUAGUCCCGUUUCUCCGUAUUGACAGGUUUGGAAAGCAGGUUUUGCAAGAAUCUGAUGAAAACACCAUUGUGUAGAGCAGCACAGCGUGUCUUUGUGCGUCUGCCCUCAGACUUACUCGUGUGUGUGUGAUGUUUCGUUUGAUCCAACCACGUCUGAUACCUUUAGCCUAAUGUCCCCAUGCUCUCAGCCAGAAGUGAGUCAGCCUUUUGUCUCUCCCUGUAAAGUAAGCCUCCCUGAUUGGGCGAACGGAGGCCUCAGAGUCAGGCUGAGCUCACUGGAACACAGAGGACCAGGCUGCUGGUGCUGCAACGGGCUGCUUGACUUCUAUUCAACUGUCAAGCUUGAAGAAAAAAAAAAAAAAAAGAAAAAAAAAGUGGGGACUUUUUGAAGGGAAUUAUAAACAAAGCUUCAAAAUAUACAGAUUUUUUUCUUCUUUUCAAAUCAGCAGAGCAGCACUUCUGAAGAAGGAGAACAAAUAAGUUUCAGAGGUGAACAGGAAAGACUGUGCGUGAGGCAGUGAUCUGCAGAUGCGGACCCACAACAACCCUCACAUGACGUGGAUUUCCGUUUUGAUACACUUUGCUUCUGGUUACACAGCAGGGCAGAGCCUCACAAUCACUGAAGAGCUGCUGCAGGGGAACAUGAAGGUGCUCUGAGGACUAGUCCACCAUGCAAGCCACCAUGAACUCCAACGGACUUCAACGCCGGAGCAGCCAGGACAGCUGCAUUGUGGAUAACACGCUGAGGAAAAAAAAUCCUCUGUGGUACCGGCGCUCACUCAGGGGGAACAAUGAUCGGCACAAGCAGAACCCUGCCUCCCAGCCUAGAGUGUGCAAGCCAAAACAGACAAAUUCUUUGGUUGAUUACAUGGAUCCACAAAGGACCACAGUUGAAUUGGAAAAACAAGAUAAUGAAACGUUUGGGUUUGACAUACAGACCUACGGCUUGCAGCCCAAAAACAGCUCAGCUGUGGAGAUGUGCACGUUCGUGUGCAAGGUGAAGGAGGACAGUGUGGCGGAAAAUGCUGGGCUGACCGCAGGUGACAUUAUCAUUACCAUCAAUGGAGUCAGCAUUGAAGGAUUGUCUCAUCAGCAGAUACUUGAACUCGUCCGAAAAUCAACCAACAGCUUAAAGGUGGAGACGGUGUGUGGGAAUAUAGUGAAGCACUUAGAGCUGGAGAAGAAGCUGAAGAUGCUGCAGCAGUCACUGCGUGAGAAGUGGAUGGAGCUUCAGACGCUCACAUUACAGGAAAAACGACUAAUGCGAGGUAACCUAAAGGAGGGCAGUGCUAACUCACUGAUGGACUCCUCAUCGGCUCCGAGCCCAGAGCUGAGCCGCCGUGGUUGGCGGUUUUCCAGCGACAGCAGCUUCAGGAGUGUGAUGACAGACGAUAGUGACCAGGCCAGUGUGUUUGGAGAUCUGAGCUCACCCAGUCCCUGCAGCGCAAUCAGCACCACAGAUGAUUCCUACUUCUUCUCCAAAGACUUCUCAUCACAAAGCAGCUUAAACCGGGCUCCUACCAGCUCCAACCAUCACCACCAGCCCAUCAGCCGCUCCAGCAGCUCCAGUUUAGCCGGCAGCAGCUGCUCUCUGUCCCCCAGCUGGGAGGAAACGAGGAUCUCCUCCUUGUUUGGGACUCUGCCCCGGAAAGGCCGGUCCAGACCCAGUGUGCGCAAACACAUCUUCAAGUUACUUCCUGGACUGCAGAGGUCAGUUGAAGAGGAGGAGACGGGAUCAGCCGCUCAGUGACUUACACUUUGUACAAAAGGGGCUUCAAGAACUCUACAAAAGUUACAUAAAAGCCCUGAUGAAAGACACUUCAAAGCCUUUGAGUGAAAAGAUUUGUUGAAAAUCUAUGUAAAUGUGAGCUAACUGCAGCUGUGAACCUGCUUUAGAGCAUUAGAACUGGGAGUUGAACCACUGUCUGUGUAUAUACAACUAAUGAAAUCUAUCCUACUAACUUGAACCAACUUUUUCCCACUUUGUGAUCAAAUGUGACGAGCAUUAAUCAGAACGGUCGGAGGCCUUUUCCACUGUUCGGUAACGUGACUGUGAUUCAGUUUGCGAUUGAACAACACUUCAAUCCAACUCAGGUGUUCAAAACCAAAACCAAAUCUCCAAACCAUACAGGAGGCUGCUCAGCUCAAAAACAGGAUGUGGGCAUGAGAGAUCGAUUUAACUCUUUAAUUUCCAAAAUUACUUUCAUAACGUACGCUCUACUUUCGACUUUCAAUGUUCAGAAAGUUUUUUUUUUUUUUGGUUUCUUUGCAUGCUCAGAAAAUUCUGUUUUGAAUCAUGUUUAAUGUUCUACAUUCAUGCCAAAUAAAUGUAUAAAAAAUACAUUUACUUAUUUUGUUUAACCUCAUGGUGCAAGGAAACAACAUACAUCCACCCACACAAAUCUCAACUUUUGUUUCUAUUUGGACAGAAUAAGUGACCCUCAGACACAGAUGAGCAAUAACACAUCUUUAUGAAAAUAUCUUCAUCAAAGAAGAGAUUCUUUAAUGUUUCUAGAUGAAUUGAUAUGCUCAGCUGCACUCGGGUUUGCCCCACACUGCAAAAA